ACCACCGCUCCUCAUCUGAGCUCCGUCGAGAAACCAACAAAGGAUCCAAAAAGAGUCAGACGCCCAAGCCACCAUGGCGAACCCAUCCACGAGCUCGCGGUCGUCGUGCGCGGCUCCCAGUGGCACCAAGCUCACCUGCCUCUGCUCGCCGACCAACCACCCGGGCUCCUUCCGCUGCACUCGCCACCGCAACCCGCGGGGGCGACCGCAGACGUCCUCGCCGCCGUCGUCCGGCCGCCCGUCGCAUCAGUCGGCCGCUUCUGGCGCGAGCGCGGCGGUGCGCGUCGAGGGGAUCGUCAGGAGCGGCGGUGUCGGCACGGGCGGCAGGACCGGCAAGGGCCGGUUCGUCCUGCGCGCGCACCUGCUGCGGCUGGUCAGCCCGCCGUCCUCCGACGGCCACGACCACCGCCGCUGCCGCGACUUCAAGCCCCGCCCGUCCAGGCUGGGGCGCCUAGCCGUGACCGCGUGACGGGGGCCGGCCGGCCGGCCGCCGCUGCUCACCUGCUCUGCUUCGCAGCUGGUAGUACGCAGCUCACUAGUCACUAGUGGUGAACGGUGCGCCUCUAUUUCGCGCGCACCGAGAAUCCAAAAAGGGUCAGACGCCCAGGCCACCAUGGCGAACCCAUCCACGAGCUCCAGGCCGUCGUGCGCGGCUCCCAGUGGCACCAAGCUCACCCUGCCUCUGCUCACCGACGAAUCACCCGGGCUCCUUCCGCUGCACCCGCCACCGCAACCCGCGGGGGCGACCGCAGACGUCGUCGCCGCCGUCGUCAAGCCGGGCCUGGCAGCAGGCCGCGGCUUCGGGCGCGAGCGCCACGGUGCGCGUCGAGGGGAUU